AAACGAAACCUUACAACCAAACAAUAUAUUACUAUUUUUAGUCAAAUUUGCGUUGCCUUUACAAAGUAUUGUGAACCACCCACCAUAUGCUCACAGGCUACAGCUCACAGCUCACCACACACAACAUAAAAAUAAUAUAUGUGCUUGUACGUAUAUACUCAUUACCACGCACAUAUAUCACAUAAAGUCAAUUCCGUUCUUAUCAGGUACAACCAGGACGACCAUUUAGACCAAUUAAUAAGUACGGCCCUGCGUCACCCAUUACAAUUCCGCAACAUUUCUAUCUAUAUAUAUAUUUUUCCUUUUGUCUAAAUUUCUCAGCAUAUUAUUUUAUUCUUAUUCUUUUUAUAAUAUAGCAAUAGCACUAAACCAAACUAAAGUUUAUAUAUUAUUAUACUUUACUUUAUUACCUAAUAUGCGUGCGAUCUUUACCUAAAUUCUUUGAUGCAGAAUACCAAUUUUUAGAAUACUUUAUCUUUCAAAUUGCUAUUUAUUUAUUAAAAUUUAAGUAUUUUAUUUAAUUAAAACAUAUAAAAAUACGUAAAAGGGAGGGUUCGUACAUGCCGCACUCAGUUAUGUCCUUCCUCACAUAAUUUCUCCACCAAAUGAAAGGAGUCUUCGUUGUGAGUUGUGACCCAUGUCCCCAUGACAAUGACCUACCCUUUUUCCAAUUAUACCCCUAUAUCCCUCUAUAUUUACAAGUUAUACCAUUCAUUGCUGUACUUAUGUGUACUAUCUUAUCAUCAUUAUUACCUCAAUGCCCUUUUAAUUAAAUUAAUACCCUCUUUUUUGUUCUUGUGAAGAUUCUAAAAGAGGGCAAUAUUGUAAUUUUAGUCAAGAAAUCAUGAUUUGACCAAACAUUGAGGAAAAGCAAGAGGGGCAGAAUGGUGAUUUUAUAUUCUUCUUCCUCCCUCACUCAGUUAUCAGCUCCACAAAUCUGUAGUCUUCUCCUGUGAACUGUUACUUCACAAUAAACCUUACAUCUCUCUACCUAAAUUUCGAAGCUCUUAUAAUAUAUUAACACACAUAUCACCUCUUCGAUAAUUAACAAAUUUGGAGUCAUAUAUACAUAUACAGUUGAGUUCUAUUUAUAUCUUUGUGUUCUUAGAUUACACAAUUUGAACAUCUGGGCCACUUCAAAACCCAUAAAGACUUAAACUUUGAAGCAAUGAAGAGGCAAAGAGCAAGCCCAGAAUCAAAUCUUGAUUUUUUUGGUUCUGUUUCUGAGGAACUCGUUUUCUUGAUUCUUGAUCAUUUACAAGACAGCCCAUUUGACUCAAAGUCCUUCUCUCUUGUCUGCAAAUCAUUUCACAAGCUUGAAUCUUUACACAGAAAGACCCUUAAGCCUCUUCAUUCAAAGCAUCUUCCCAAGAUUUUGAAUAGAUAUCCUUGCAUUACUGAUCUUGAUUUGUCUCUAUGUCCACGUAUCACUGAUGAAUCUCUCAUGGGUAUAGCUUUAAUUUACAAGAAAAUGUUGAGGUCAAUCAAUCUUUCAAGAUCAAAGUCUUUUACUCAUCUGGGCUUGUCCAGUUUGGUCAAGAAUUGCAGUAGUUUGGUUGAUAUUGAUUUGUCUAAUGCUGAGGAUUUGAAAGACUCGAGCUUGGCUGCUUUAGCUGAGGCCAAGAAUUUAGAGAGGCUGUGUUUGGCUAGGUGUAAAUUGAUUACUGAUAUAGGGAUUGGAUGUGUUGCUGUUGGGUGUAGGAAUUUGAGGUUUCUUAGCUUGAGAUGGUGUUUGGGUGUUGGGGAUUUAGGGGUUGGUUUGAUUGCUGUUAAGUGUAAGGAGAUGCAGAGCUUGGAUUUAUCUUACUUGCCGAUCACAGAGAAAUGCCUCCAGCAAGUUGUGAAAUUAGAACAUCUGGAGCAUUUGGUUUUAGAAGGAUGCAUCGCAAUUGAUGACGACAGCCUUGCAGACCUUCAACUUGGAUUCAAAGCAAUUAAGAACCUGAAUAUAUCAAGCUGUGAGAAUGUAAGUCAUGUUGGUUUGAAGUCGCUCAUCAUUGAACCUUUACAACAGCUGAAUUUAGCUUAUGGCUCUCCCGUGACUCUUGCUCUUGCAAAGAGUUUGCAAAAAUGUUCCACGCUGCAGUCAGUCAAAUUAGAUGGUUGUCAGAUUACACCUUGUGGACUUAAAGCCAUUGGAAAUUGGUGUGCUUCACUGAAGGAACUAAGUUUAAGUAAAUGCAUGGGAGUGACAGAUGAAGGUCUCUCAUCUAUUGUAACAACACACAAAGACAUAAGGAAACUAGACAUUACAUGCUGCCGCAAAAUAACUCACAGAUCCAUUGUCCAAAUCACAAAUUCUUGCUCCUCCCUUACCUCAUUCAGGAUGGAGUCAUGCACCCUAGUUCCAAGAGAAUCUUUUGUUUUGAUUGGACAGCGUUGCCAUUUUCUCGAGGAACUUGACCUUACAGAUAAUGAAGUCGAUGAUGAAGGGUUGAAAUCCAUCUCAAGGUGUUCAAAACUGUCCAGCUUAAAGCUAGGAAUAUGUCUCAACAUAACUGAUUAUGGGCUUUCACAUAUUGGCAUGAGUUGCUCAAAACUUACAGAACUUGAUUUAUACAGGUGUGCUGCAAUAACAGAUAAGGGCAUCUUAGCAAUUUCUGAUGGCUGUAGUAAUCUUCGAAUGAUUAAUAUAGCCUAUUGUAAUGAUAUCACAGACAUCUCCUUGAUAUCAAUGUCUAAGUGUUCAAAGAUGCACACCUUUGAAAGUCGAGGAUGCCCUCUUAUUACAUCUUUAGGUCUAGCAGCUCUAGCUGUGGGAUGCAAACAACUCACAAAGCUAGACCUAAAGAAGUGUUACCGUAUUGAUGACUUGGGAAUGGUUCCGCUUGCUCACUUCUGUCAAAACUUGCGACAGAUAAAUUUGUCAUACAGUUCUGUUACUGAUGUUGGGCUCUUGACAUUAGCGAGCUUAAGCUGUCUGCAAAGCUUAACCAUAUUACAUGUCAAGGGUUUGACCCCAAGUAGAUUAAGUGCUGCACUCCUGGCAUGUGGAGGGCUGACAAAAGUGAAGCUCCAUGCAUCCAUCAACUCAUUGUUACCACUACCUUUCUUUAGAUAUCUAGAAGCCCGUGGAUGUUCCUUCCAGUGGAGAGAUAAAGAAUUCCAGGCUGAGCUGGACCCAAAGUGUUGGAAACUAGUACGAGAUGACACGGAAUAGAAGUUUCUAAGCUUUGGUAAAAGACCAAUCCAACUCUUAUUUGCUGCACACAGACUACUAAAAUGAUAGACAGCCAACUUUUUAAGCCCUAAUCAGCUGAGCUGUUACUGUUGACGUGCCCAAGACAGAAGAAAGGUACAAGGUUCUACAUUUUCCAAGUCCUAGGUGAAUUGUAGCGAUAAGAUAAAAAACAGAGGAAUAUUUCUUCUUAGCGGCUUUCAUGUAACAGAUCCUGUUAAAUUUUGGAAUGAGUUUUCUUUUCCUAUAGCAUCUAGGACUAAGCUUUAAAUAUGAGGUGUAAAUGGAGCUCGGAAGUAUGGCUACUUACAUACUCUUAAUAUGUAAUGACUUUGAGUGGAAUGAAUGAUGAUGUAUGUAUGUAUAAUUUGUUUUCUUGGUUAUAAACAUCUUUUGUAUAAA